AUGCCGGCAUCCUUCCGCCGCUCAGCCCAGCGGUUAGGAGAUGAUCAGCUGAAUUCAGAAGAGAAGAAGAAAAGAAAGCAGAGAAGGAACAGGACUACCUUCAACAGCAGCCAGCUCCAGGCACUAGAGAGAGUCUUUGAGAGGACACACUACCCUGAUGCUUUUGUACGGGAAGACCUUGCACGCAGAGUCAACCUCACUGAAGCCAGAGUUCAGGUGUGGUUCCAGAACCGGAGAGCCAAGUUUCGCCGGAAUGAGAGGGCCAUGCUGGCCAGCAAGAAUGCUUCUCUGCUCAAAUCCUACUCAGGGGAUGUGACCGCCGUGGAGCAGCCCAUAGUACCUCGCCCAGCUCCAAGACCCACCGACUAUCUCUCCUGGGGUACCGCCUCGCCUUACAGUGCCAUGGCCACCUACUCCACCACGUGUACCAACGCCAGCCCGGCGCAGGGCAUGAAUAUGGCCAACAGUAUUGCCAACCUGAGACUGAAGGCAAAAGAAUAUAGUUUACAGAGGAAUCAAGUGCCCACAGUCAAUUAAUGACUGGAGGCAGCUGCUUCGCAGAAGGAGAAAAUACGACAACACCCGUCCUGCUUCGCAACUUCUGUGCUGAAAUAAAAUAUAUAUAUAUAAUUAAAAUAAUAAAAAGAAAAGAAAAAAAAAAGCCAACCCCAACCCAGAACUGAACAUUGGGACCAAAGCGGGAGCAAACUGAACCGCUCGAGUGACAAGGUUCCUCCUUCCUUUUGGGAUAAUGCCACCAUUUUUUUUCUUGUUAUUGUCAGGUUUAUUGCUUCUGCUCAAUAUACUAUGAGCUUCUUCAGUUAAGGACAGUCUCACCCUUGUUGUUUUCCAUUUUUGUAUGGGACUGCAAAAAGAAACCUUCGCUGAUCUCAGCCCGCGGCCGCCUCCCACCCAACACCGCGCUGAGGCGCAAAGCUUGCUCCCCCACCCCAGCUCACCCUAGAAGAAGAAAUUGUUUGGUCACUGCUUUCCGUUGUAUCCACCUGACCUUCCGUCCCCUCCCACAUCCCUUGUUCCACAGAGGCACUGCCGUUGAUGUUGACUGCAAGAAGCCCAUUGGCGCGAUGGGCUGGGAGCAUCCUUGCCAGGUUGCCUGGACCACGACACAAGGAAGAUCUCUGUGGGCUUCACACACGUUGCCUCAAAAAGCCAAAGAAGAAGAAAAACCAAUGUGUGUUUGUGAGUGGGGGGAGGAUGGAGAAGGGUUUGCUCUGUAGUGCCAAGAAUAGGACUGUUAGGACACUCCUUUCCAUGCCUUACGGCUUGUGCCACAGGGAGAGGCAUUGUCCAGAUGCAUUUGUUUUAUAUAUACUGUAUAUAUUUAUAUAUAUAAGAUAUACAUGCAAGCUUGGUUGGUGUUUUUUAUUAAACAAAAUAAAAUCCAUUGAAAAUGCU